AUGAAUAAUCUUGAAUGUUUACAUAAAUUUGUUAACGCACAUUCAGAAAAUUUUUUACAAAGUCUUUAUGCUGUCGUAGAAAGUUCUCAAAUAGAAUGUCUUGAAUGCCCUAUAGAAAAAACAAGCACAGAUAAUUUUUUAAUAAAAAUAUACAUAAAUAAUAUAAUACAUAACAUUAGAACAUUUUUAUUAAUCUGUAUAAAUGGAUCAGUAGGAAACCUUCUUCAUAAUACAGAAAUAGAAAAGAAGGAAAGAAGUUUUUAUUUAAAUGAUGAUGAUAAUGAUACUAGUGAAAUAAAAACAAAGGAGGAAAAAUAUUUUAAUAAUGAAAAAGCUAAUGACAACGUUAAUAUAAAUUUUGAAGAUGAUUUUUUAAGUAAAUGUAAAAAAGUGCAUAAUAUAAGAAAAAGUUUACAAAACGCACACAUAAAAAAAAGUUGUUCUCUUAAUUCACAAAAUUAUAUAUUAGAUUAUUAUAUAUAA